UCUGGGCAGUACGGGUGCUCCCAUUAUAGGAGGAGAUGCAAGAUAAGGGCGCCGUGCUGUGACGAGAUCUUUGAUUGCAGGCAUUGCCACAACGAAGUGAAGAACUCCCUGGAAAUUGACCUUCGAGAACGUCACGAGAUUCCUCGCCAUGAAGUGAAAAAGGUUAUCUGCUCCCUCUGUGACACAGAGCAAGAUGUUCAGCAGUACUGCUCAAACUGUGGGGUUUGCAUGGGAAAAUACUUUUGUGGCAAGUGCAAGUUCUUUGAUGACAAUGUUUCUAAGAAUCAAUACCAUUGUGACGGAUGUGGGAUAUGCAGAACCGCGGGUGAGGAGAACUUCUUCCACUGCUAUCGUUGUGGAUGUUGCUAUAGCACAUCGCUGAAGGAUUCACACCAUUGUGUGGAAAGAGCAAUGCACCACAACUGCCCGAUUUGCUUUGAGUAUCUUUUUGAGUCAACCAAGGACAUAAGUGUAUUGCCUUGUGGUCACACAAUACAUUUGGAAUGCUUGAAGGAGAUGAGGGUGCAUUUCCAAUUCACAUGCCCUGUUUGUUCAAGAUCAGUUUGCAACAUGUCCGGUGUAUGGAAAAAGCUUGAUCAGGAGGUAGCUUCGACACCAAUGCCUGAAAUGUACCAGAAUAAGAUGGUGUGGAUCCUUUGCAACGAUUGUGGAAUGAGGUCAAAUGUCCAAUUCCACAUAGUGGCUCACAAGUGUCCGGGCUGCAAUUCCUACAAUACCAGACAGACGAGAGGUGGUCCUGCUAGCUGCUCCACCAUAUGACUGACGCGCCACCAGUAAUGCUGUUGUUGUUCAAGAAAAUUUAUGAGAAUUGGCGCAAGGCAAAGAAUUGUCUUCAAUGGAGGAAGUAGACAUUUCUAGGGAUGUACUCCUCGGCGCCUCAUUCCCUUUCAAUGAGUUGGUGUUUGAGCCCAAAAAUCUCAUCUAUCCAGUUUAUGGGAUAAGUCGAUGGGUUCAUCUCUGACCUGUGAAUUCUAAGGUUAAUUAGCUUUUGAUGUUGCUGUUUUUCCAACACCUGUUGAGUGAUUAUCGCUUGUACUACAAAGCCAGCUUUCAAAAUAAAUGAUGAAAUGCUUCUCCCA